GUCACUGCGAACCAGUAAACUUCAUUAUACCGGUUUCCAAUCAAUUGUAUUUUCUAACUAACAGAUAUAAAAAUAAAAUUGUAAUCUGAAACAUUCAAUAAUGGCCUUCGAGGAAUCGACCAGAUUUUUCAAGGGAAUUGAUGUGCUGAAUUCCACCGAGGGAUCUAAGCUUCCAAAACUUGCUAGUCGGGUAGCUCAGAGUAUUGGGACAGAUAACAAGACACCUUUUACUGAUGAUGAGAAAUACAAGUUAUCUGAAGUACUUGAAAUCAAUACAGAUAGCGUCAACCACAUGCUUGAAGCAAUAAAACAUAUAUAUGAGAGGGCAGCAUACCAUAGCUGGAAACCAGCCAUUUUAUCAGAGCAACUGUCAUCUCUUGGUAUGGAUGAAGAACGUAGUGGGAUGGUGUCACAGGGUUGGCAAAAAUAUGGAAGAGAUAUGGUGUCCCGAUUGAAGAAAAAGACAUUGACAGCUAAUCAGCUUGACAGAGUGGACUGGCAUCUCAAUCUGCAAGUGGCACAGGGAUCAAAGUCAAAAAUCACCGAACCGAAUGUAGUUUUGCAGCUAAAUGUGAACGAUUCCAGUGAGAAAGGCAGUCAUGAUGUUCUGAUGGAAUUUAAUCACGAAGAGCUUUUAGCAUUUUAUAAUAAGCUGGAAACUAUUCAAGAACAGAUGGAUGCCCUAAGUUGAGAACAUACAACAGGCUUGUAUGACAUAUUCUCGGUGCAAUAAAUUAGAUUUUUUUUAAAUUUUUUCAUUAGGAAUUAAGCAUUAAUAAAGUCACUUUAUCAUUUAA